ACUUCUUUUCACCUUCAUACAGUAAAAAUGAUUCGAACGUUGGUGGCGCAUUCAUUUUGUAGAAAAUAUGUAAUUCUUCUAAAAAAAAAAAAAAUAAACAAGCUAGAUACACAAAUACACUGAGAUAGACUGCAAAAAGUUUAUUGUCUACCAGCACAAAGAUAUCUUUAGAAUAUUUGACAAAAAUUUAAGAAAGUGACACGCAACUUUAACAUUAUUUGCAAACAAAAUAUAUAAAAGGUCGUUCUUUCGUGUUUUUUAAAUAACUCUUACCUUCACAGGCAAUAUUUAUUUGUAAGCCAUUGUUAUUAAGCUAUCGGCAAUUUCAAUAAUAAAUGCCCAAAACAAUAUUUUAAUUUUUUUGGCACUAAAAGCAGGCCUGCUGCUGCUCGCAACACUUCUCGAUAGAAUAAUUUGCGAAAUUGCAUUGCAUCUGUUGAUUAUUUAUCGAUAUUUUGCCCCAGCUCCGCUGACAAUAAUUAUUUCCUGAAAAAGCUAUUUUCACUGGCUAAAUCUUUGUGUUUCACAUAUGUGUAUAAGAAAUGAAAACGGAUUAUGGUGGUAAAGCAAGAAUGAUAGAAUACAAGAUUACGCCAACCGCCAUCUUGUUACGUAAUUUUUUAGACUUAAUUUAUUACUUUAUAAGGAAAAAAUCUUACUGAAAUAAAUAUAAUAACGGUUCAGGGAAAUAUUUUGAUCACUAUUUAAUUUUUUAACUAUAAACUUAUAAAUGGAGUUUAUUUCACAAAUUUACAAAAAGUUAAAAAAAAAAUAACAUAAGGUUUACAAACCUUUUGUUUACAAGAGAUUCCAACCACUUAACACUUAUUGCUCGUUUUUCGAGCUUACAACUUCUAGUACAUUUUAACUCUUUUGUAACCCAAACCGGUUUUUUGUGGGCGAGGGGACGACUAGGAAAGUCGAAGGGAGAGUGCCACUCGUGUUCGGGUGGCACGCUUUGUGUUCUUGUUCGUAACAGCUCGCUGCUACCGUUUUCAACAUUCCUUUUCACUUUCGAAGACUUUUAAUGGUUACAAGAGCGCUCGGUUUCAAAUGAAUAUAUACUAUUCGUUCAGAAAUUUGAAUUCUGUUAUCCAUAUUUUAUAUGUAAUGUGCAAAUAUGUAUGCAUAGAAUAAUAGAAACAUUUUGAAAAAUUGUAAAUGAAGAAAAAAUUAAGAUACUCAAAAAUAUUCAAUUCAAAUUUUUAAUAACAUAUAGUGGUAUUAAAUGUAAUAAUUCAAAUAAAAAUGGUAACUUGACAUUUUCAUAUUUAUAUAAAAUGCUUUCAUAUAAAUCCUUUGCGAUUAGGAUUUAGUUCGAAUGUCAUUUUAUUCAAAACAAUUCUUAUUACAUCUGGCAGCAUUUUCCAUAACUUGUAAAGAAAAAGAUUGUCUGGGCGCGCGCCAAGUUAUGUUAAUUAUAUGUGGUGAUUGAUCAAACAAUUUUCUAAAUUUUUUGAGUAUUUGUUGCAGACCUGUAUAAAAGUUUUAUUACAAAGCUAGUUGAAAAAAAGUGUAUUUACAAUGAAUCCUGAACACACAGAAAAUUCUUUGGAUGAGUCCAGUGUUACAAUGGUUGAUGUCUUGCAAGAGGAGCAUGAUUUAGAAGAGGAAUACAAUGCUGUUUUAGGCGCUUCUGAUGAGAAAUGUUGCACAUAUUCUCAGGGAGCCAUUAAGCGCCAGGCUCUUUACUCUUGUCUAACUUGCUGUCCUGAAGCUCGUACCGACUUGAAUAAAUGCGCUGGAAUCUGUUUAGCAUGUUCAUAUCGUUGCCACGAAAAUCACGAACUGGUCGAAUUGUAUACAAAACGUAAUUUUCGUUGCGAUUGCCCCACGGAAAAAAUAUCUACCCAAAAAUGUUUACUUAAUGUUGGAACGACACUGCCACAAAAGUGUAAUUCCGAGAACUUGUAUAAUCAAAACUUUCAAGGAUUAUAUUGUAAAUGUCAUAGGCCAUACCCAGAUCCGGAGCGAACCACGGAAGAAGUGAUGUUGCAGUGCACAGUUUGCGAAGAUUGGUUUCAUUUGAUUCAUUUAGAUAUGGGUGGAUCCGCCAAAAAAAUAGAUAGCGCUGAUAUCUGUGCAGAAAUGGUUUGUGAAAAAUGUAUGAAGAAACACAUAUUUCUGCAAAAUUACACUGGGCUGGCACUUGAUGCAUUUGAUAAUUCUGACGAACCUGUAUAUAAUAUAACAGCAGAAAAUAAUUCGUUGGGUGAAGAUCACGACAACAAAUUACGUUCAGAUUUAGACAAGAGCAUUUCGGAUAUAAUGCAUAUGAAUGCGGCCGAAACAGCGUCGUCAGAAAAAAUUGUGGAAUCACAAGUUAAACCUACUGUUGAUGCUGAUGAAAAUACAUUUAAUGGUGGUCCAGAAGUUAAACGACAGAAAAUCAAAAGUGAUUCCCCUAUGAAGACAGCUAAAGAAAGUUGCCGUCGUCCAAAAGAAAAAACGGAUUACGUAGGAGGAGCUACAUUUUGGAGAUGUGACUGGCGUGAGGCUUUAUGUCAAUGUGUUUAUUGUUUGGAUCUCUAUAAAACUGAAAAAGUAGAGUAUUUGUUAGAUCCAGAAGAUUCUGCCAAGUCUUAUGAAGAGCGAGGUAAAAAACGUGGUGCAAUUGAAUCUACAUAUGAACAAGGUAUACGCGCUUUGGCUUCCAUUGGUCGAGUGCAACAAAUCGACGCUAUAACAGAGUAUAACCGCAUGAAAGAUAAACUAAAAGAAUAUUUACAAACAUUUGCUGCUUCCAAAAAAGUUGUCACCGAAGCGGACAUCAAUCGUUUUUUCCAAGAAAUUCGGAGCGAAAAAAACGCUGAUUUGGGUCAACCAUAUCUUUGCCGUUAAGCAUGAAUUAUUAUAUGAAAUUUCAAAGCAUUGCACCAUACAUAUCUAAUUUAUAACACAAAUAACAUCUAAAAACAUACAUAUAUUCGACUCAGUAUUCCAAUUUUUUAUAUCACAUUCCGGACUUUACAUUUUUAGUCAAUAUACAAACAAUUUAAUUCAUAAUGCAAAAUUAUCGUAUACCAGUUAUAUUUAAUUAGUAAAUUAAAAUUUAUCAUGAGAUUUGCAAUCAAAUUAAAGUGUAAAAAGGUUCACUAAAUGAUCAUGAAAAUGUUGAAUAUUUGUACUUAUAUACAAAUAAAUAACUUUAUUCACAUUUCUCUUGCUUUAUUGUUGUCUUUCGAUAUCAUCUUUAUGUUGGAAGCCAAACCCCUAGUCUGCAUAUUAACUCUAUAUCAACUACAGAGGUUUUAUCUAUACUUAAUAAAAUAUAUGUUUGUUUUCAUUAAGUUAAGUUCUGAAGUAUACUUAAAUGUAUUGUUCGAAUCUUACAAUAAAUUGAUAUAUACAUAUGUUUAUAAGAAAAUUACUAAUUCUAA